AUGGCAGGAGGAAGUGGUAAAAAUAAUGAUGGAGGAGAACUAAGUGAGGUUGGGAGACAGUUGGCAGCGGUCGCCCAACAAUUAGCUAGGAACUCAACCAAUAAUGGAGAUGCUCAGGGAGAGCUAUUCAAGAAGGUGGCACAAAGCAAGCCACCAACUUAUCAAGGAGAGGUUGAUCCAACAGUACUGGAAAACUGGUUAAGGGAGUUUGAGAGAUUAUUUGGGGCAGUAGGGUACCCAGAAGUUCGAAAGUGGGUUGUGCUACCUAUUAUCUCAGAGAUUAGGGACAAGUUUUACCCUAGAUUAUUACGGAAACAGAAAGCUGAGGAAUUUUCAAGCCUAGCAAUGGGAGUGAUGUCGAUCACUGAGUACUAUACAAAGUUUAUCGAGCGGUCACAGUUUGCCCAAGAGUCUGUUUCUACAGAAAAGGCAAAAGCUAGGAAGUUUGAGACUGGAUUGACUACUGAUUUGCAACUAAAGCUGUGUGGACAUGUGUUUGAAACCUUGGAUGAGGUGUAUGGUAGAGCUGCACACCUGUAUGCGUUGGAGUUGAAGAAUAAGAAAGAGUUAGGUGAGGUGGAAGGAAAGGAAAAGAGAAAAGAGAAAAGAGAAAUUAGAUGGGGCAAAGUACUGGAAACCCGCAUGGAUUGUGAGGGUAAUUUGGUUACUUGUCGUGCUUGCAACAAGCUAGGGCACAGGGAGUAUGAGUGCUUUUCCAAAAAUCCUAAUCGCAACAAGCAGGGCAACAAUCAAAGAGGGGCUCAAAGGAACUUUCAGGGAAAUUACAACUAUUCAGGAAACAAAAGGGCACAACAGAAUGGAGCGAAGGGCAAUAACAAUGGGAAUUAUCAGGUGAAGAGUGGAGCUCCAGGCAAGUUGAAUGUGAUGAGUAGACAUAAGGCCGAUUCCACGAAAGAUGUUAUCACUGGUACCUUUUCUAUUAACUCUAUUCUUGUUAAAGUUUUGUUUGAUUCUGGUGCAACUUUUUCUUUCAUUUCAAAGGUCAUUGUUUCAAAUCUAUCCCACUGUUUGAACACGGGAGGGGUAGUGCAGUGUACUAAAACCUUUAGGGAUGUGCCAUUAAAAAUCAAGGGAAAAGUGUUUCUGUCUGACCUCAUCGAGUUUGGGUUAAGCGACUUCGAUAUCAUUCUGGGAAUGGAUUGGUUAAGCAAGUACAGUGCAUAG